AUGGCAACCUUCUACCCCGUUGAGGUCGAGUACGACGAGUCGGACAUCAAUGACUUCUUCGCCGAGAACGACAUUUCUACCGCUGGCGAACUGACUCCCGCUCUGCUCUACGAGUUGUUUGUGGAGCUUACCAAGGAGCACGACCUGAUCGCUGAGGAGGUCGAACGGGGCAUGCACAGCCUACUCAGCCAGAUCUCCGACAGCAUUCCAAUUUCUACGUCUGGCAAGGGCAAAGACCACCGUGGGCUCGAUGGAGCUGACCAGUCUGCUGAGGAGAUGGAGAUCGACGGGGGCGCGCAGAGCUUGCUCGAGCAGUUCGACCAAGACUUCGACAACGUUUCAAAGGCUGUAGCUGGCAAGAGCAAAGGUCAGCAAGUACUUCUUAACGCCGAUCAGUUGGUCGCAGACAGCUUCGCCUUGUGGAAAGAUGUUCGGGCCAGGCAAAAGGGAGAGCAGGAAACGAAGCUGGCAGAGGCCGGGAAUGUCGUCUCUCCUGUUGGGCACAUCCAGGACAAUUCCACUGUCCAAGCUGCCGUCACGGGUGCGACUAGUCAGGCGACCUCCACCAUCGACGCCGACAACACUCGUUCCGCCGAGAUCGACAAGGCGGCUGGCACCGAUUCUGCUGCCGCUACAGUUUGUUCAUCCACCUUCGGGAAGGAUUCGACCUCGAACGACAACGGUAUGUACCCUCCUCCACUUACUUGACAGAAGAGAUGAGGAAUUAAAUCAGAAGCGCAGGCACCCAGAGCGACCACCCUACCAACGGUACCAGCGCAUCUUCACCUCUCGCCAGCGCCUUCGCCUCCUCCUCCUCCUCUACUAACGCCAACGUUACCCACCUCACCAACCUUCUCAAGGACGCCAUCGCCGAAUUCGAGACAGGCGAAUUUGCUCGCUCCCUCAUUCUGCUCGUAAAGGCGACGUCAUUUACAGUAGCCCAAAGCGAGACGGCAGCGCAGCAGAACGGACGAGGUGUUCCUAGUAGCGAUCGAAUCGACCAGGCGCAGGUCUCGAAUCGAGAAGCCUUCAGUGCAAACAAGACUCCAGGCACCGCUACCGGUCACGCUGCCGAAGGAGCGUCGCAGCUUGUGAAGGGGGACGAAAAUUUGAUUGAGCUUUUGUGA